UGAAACGGGCACUGAUUAUAAAAUAUUGACUUUACUAAUUCUUCUGAAAUCUUACGCUAUUGGAAUUUUUUAAAUUUGGGCCAGAGCUGCACGCAAAUUUGCAAUGCUAAUUGUUAAUUGAAUUUAAAAUGAAAUCAUUAAUAGAAUUUUUUACACUUCAUUAAAAUAAUUUAGCAAAAUUCAGUUUCUCAUGUUCGGUUAUCAGUGAUAUGUAAAGGACAAAUAGAAUUCUCAAACUGAUUGGGAGAAUUAAACACCACAUUCAAUUGAAUUUUUGAUAGAUCUGAAAUACUGAACAAUUUUUGCCUGAAUUGCCAGUUUUCAAUAAUUUUCAUUGUCAUAUGGGCCUGAAAUAAACUGGAGGACUAAAGGACUAAUAAUUGAUCGAGUAAACAACGUUCAUGAAUUAUGUAUGGACUUCUGAGAUUACAUGUUUGACUCACCGAUAAAUAAUACACUAUUUUUUCCUUCUUCUAUUACGCACGUUCUUAAUACCUGUGAUAUUAUCAAGUGGGGGAAGUCUUAUCGUUAGGCACUAAAGUGGUAGUUAGUGCGUCGCUUUUGUCCAGCACCCACAAAACGUAGGUAUUCAAUUGACGGAAAACAUUCUCUUGAAUUACACCAGUUGUAGUUUCAAAUCAGUGGAAUAAUGAUGAGUGUAAAUUCGUGUCAAAUAUGCCAAGUGUAACAGGAUCUGAUGUCACAUAAAACGACUAAGACCAUCCCCUCCAGCAAGAUGUCGUCGACCGACAGUGGAGUAGGGGAGACGCACACCCCCCGCCUCCAGAAGCGUCUCUUUUCAACCGGAAGCUCCUCAAAACGCAAGCUCUUCCAGAACCCAAAGCCCUCCGAGCCCCCCUCCCAACCGGGCUACGAGUCCGACCUAGGUCCCAUGUCCCCCAUAGCCCACUCAGACAAGAGCAGCACCACCAGCUCCCCAGGUCGUUCCUACCACUCCCCCUUCACCACCCCCGAGUGUUCGCCAAAGUCCCAGCCGCGCCAUUGGGAUCGCCUGCGCCCCCCGAUCCGCGAGAGCUACAGACUCUCCCCCUUCAGCUCCCUCAAGAAGACCACCCGCAACGCUCGAUCCUCCCCAGGACGUCGUCUCCCCCCUGGCUCCCCAGGCUCCCUCCCAGGGACCCCUGACCGCCUGAAACGUCACCAGAUAAUCCCAGGCACCCCCGAGAGCACCGAGAACAUGAUAACAGAGGAUGGAAUAAUUCCAGAGACUCCCCAGAAGGACCACGACAUAACAGACACCCCAAAGAGGGCAAAGAACCCAGAGAGGAGGCUGAUAACUCCUCUAGGUUCUGUCUGCAAGAGCAUCAUCGUCCCUCCCCUCAAUCGUAGGAAGUCCCUGGGUCCCUUGGACUCUGACGAGACAUCUCCAGAGAGAAUCACCCAGAAGAGACACCCGAAUGACGAUCACCCUCACUCAGCAGGGGCCAAGCUCAUGAAGACAGACGAUUCCUCGUCAAUCCCCAAGGCUCGAGCCUCCCUCUUCCCCGAGGAGAAGAACGAGAACACGAGACCCAUUACCCUGAGCACAAAAUCAUUCUACAACAAAACUCCUGGGGAUGAUGGGACCAGGAGAUACUCCAUGUGCUUCGGCUGGAGGAGCACUGGAGCCAAACCGAAGAAGAGGCACAGCUUGCCCAGUGGUGGGAGACGAUCUGGGGGGCACAGGAGGCAGAAGUUUGGGGAGAUCAAUGCUGGGGUGACUCACGGCAUCAAGAGGCCCAAGCCCAGGAAAUCACUGGUCAAGACUAAAUCUCCUAAGGAGGAGAGGAAGGAGGAGAGGGUCCAGAGUUCGGAUUCUAGUCCUGAGGUCAAGAGGUUGAGGGAGGCGAAGGGGGAGGGGGAUGCAGCUCCCAAGGUGAUGAAGGUCAUUCCGGCUGUGGAGAGACCUCCGUCACCCGUUGUUGAUCCCACCAAGAGGUUCUUCAAAACCAACAGGACGAUGAAGAGCCAGAAUGUCGCCACUGUGACAGUUAAUAAGAAUAUCAAGCUCAGGGUGGCUGAUGGGGUGAUUAAGCUCAAUGAGAAGAAGAAUAUGGUGAGACCGGUGCUGAAGAAGCCGAGGUUGGAGGCGACCUUUGACGCUAAUGACUUGACGGUGGAUGAGCCCGAGGUUAAUAAUGAGGUGCAGCAGAGCGAUGUCAUGGACAUCCUGAGGGUGCUGGAGGACGACUGGGGGUACGAUGAGUAUGAUACCAUGGGACCUCUGGUCAACAAUCAGGCGGUCAGGGCGAGCCAUGUCAUGAUGUCACCGGGGAGUGUGCUCAGUGAUAUGACUUCUUCUAUGAAUAUUGAGGAUCAGGGGAAUGUCGAGGCGGAGGACGAGGGGAUCGACAGUGGCGAGAAGUUCUACCCGUUGUUCAGUAAGGGCUUCAAACCAGCGGUUGAUGAUUCUCUGGACAAGAAAUCAAACAGAGGAGUGAAGAGACAGGCCUGGCAGCUCUCGACCAAAGCAAAUGGAGGAAUUGAUCAGUACCAACUUGAUGCUGGACAGAAACGAUUUGGAACGACUCAAUGUCUCGAUUGUGGGAUUGUCUAUCAGAUUGGAGAGCCAGAGGAUGAGAACGCACAUCUAAACUACCACAACAGCUUCAAAACUCUCAAGUUCAACGGUUGGAAGAAUGAACGAGUUGUGAUGGAAGACCCCAUGACUGGGAGUCGCAUCAUAACUAUCGAGAAAACCGACCCAAAGACCUCUUGGAAAAAGGUUGAGGAUGUCCUUGCUGUCGUUGAUCGUGACUUGGGUCUAGCUGACAUGGAAUUGACAGACUACCAUGACAAGAAGAUUUAUCUCUAUAUAAGGAAUAAGACUAUUUUUGGGGUUCUGAUAGCUGAACCUGUGAAGACUGCACACAAGAUGAUUCCAGAACUCGUGGAGUUUGAUUGCUGUUCGACUGAGGAUACCCCUGUUAAAUGUGGGGUUAACGUUAUUUGGACAGCCAUGAGCCAUCGAAGACAGCACAUCGCGACGAAAUUGCUCGAUGCUCUUAGAACUAAUUACUUUUAUGGAUACAUUCUGACCCUCGACGAUAUUGCCUUUUCCAUGCCAACACCGACAGGAAAAAUAUUUGCUGAGAAGUACACAAAGACUCGCAAUUUCAAAGUCUACAGCUAAACAUUUUCUAAAAACUUUUUUCAAUUCCCAGUGCCUUUUUACCUGGAAAAACAACAUUUGAUGCCAUUUUGAACCCAAUGACUUUUAUAUAUCAUUUCCUAAGUUUGUCUUCUUUUUGUUUUCAAUUUACAAUUGAAUAUUUAUACUUUUUAUGUCCAUUAUUUUCAUUAAAACGACCUCAUGUUUAUUUUGUGUAGUACUACUUUAGAAAUAAUCUAGGGAACAAUUGUAGACAUGAUUGUACUUAGUGUUUUUUUUUUAUUUUUGUAUGAAAAAUGAAUAUAUGAAAUACAAACUCUUUGAUCAACA